AUGGAGAUGGCCAACGCCGGACGGCUAGAGGCGCUCAAGGAAAGAGGCUUCCGCGACGCAGAAACACCAAAUGGGGGUCACUCAUCUUUGUACCUGCAACACCGACACUCAAGAAGUGCUAUGAGCACAUAUGUAAAUGUUCCUGACGUGUCACCGCGACUCUCCGAUCACAUACCUGCAGUCAAUCGCAGCAAGAUGUCCGACAGAAGAUAUUCACUCAACCUCCCUGAACAAUUCCCCGAGCAUCGCAUCAUCACAACUGCAGAGAGAGCUGAAAGAAAUAUUUCAAAGUCAGUUGCAGAUUUGGCCUGGGAGAUAGCUGUCCUUGAGGAGGAAGUUGUUCGCAAGGAACUGCACCUGCUGUCCUUGUACAGAGCAGCAUUCGAUCAGUACCUCGGUGUCUCUCCUCGUGCGUCCGCUCAGGUGCAGCAGGAAUCGCACCGUCAACACAGCAAAAGGACUACUGACGAAGGCACCCUUCGCCUGAAAAACAUCAAGGAGUCUGCAUCCUACAACCUGCCAACACUCUCAGAUUCUAAACAUAAUACACAGGAGCUGUCAAGAUCAUCUUCAGGGCGGUCUAGCCUGGCCAACUUCUUGAGCGCUUCGAUCGCUGAAUAUGUGCCCAAGAUCUCGUGCACGCUUUCAGAGGACAUACUAAGGUGCAUUUCUGCUGUCUACUGCAAACUUGCAAGCAGGCCAUUACAAGAGGCGAAUUCUGAGACGGCAUCCACACCUUCUUUCUCAUCUGCAUCGAAUUCUUUUUCUCUCAAGUACCCGGUCGAUGGUUGGAGCCCUCGAUGCUAUUACAAUGUCGAUGCAACCUCAGAUAUAUAUGCUUCAUCUGAUGGGAAUAAUGGGCAGUACAUUGGGAUGAUAAUUUUCCCAAAGAUACAUAUAGAUGAAGACAAAUUUGAUUAUGCCUCUAAAAUGCUCGAUACUAUCAGAUCGCUGAUAAAACGGCUGGAGAAGAUUGAUCCUACAAAGAUGGCACAUGAAGAGCAACUCUGUUUCUGGAUUAACAUCCACAAUGCUUUGGUUAUGCAUGCUUUCAUGGCCUAUGGAUUACAGGAAAAACGAAUGAAAAGCACUGACUUGAUUUUGAAGGCUGCAUAUAAUGUGGGUGGACAUUCAGUAAAUUCCCAAAUUAUUCAGAACUCAAUUCUAGGAUGUCAAUCCCACCGCCCUUCACUGUGGGUUCGCACACUAUUUACACCAAUGAAAAAAUCAGGGAGCUCCAUACAUCCAUAUGCGCUUCGUUAUUCAGAGCCAAUUGCUCACUUUGCUCUUUCGACCGGAGCAUUUUCAGAUCCACCUGUAAGGCUGUACACAGCCAAGAAAUUAUACCAUCAACUGGAGCAAGCCAGAAGCGAGUUCAUUCAAGCAAAUGUUAUGGUCCGGAAGCAGACCAUCUUCCUACCCAAAGUUCUCCACUUCUAUGAAAAGGAUGCUUCCCUAGAGUUGCCUGACCUUGUUCACAUAGUAUGCGAGAGCAUGCCUGAGCUACAGCGAAAAGAGAUCAGACAAUAUCUUAGGAGGAGGAUUGACAAGUGUGUUGAGUGGUUGCCCUACAAAUCUUCUUUCAGAUACACUGUGCACAGGAGUUUGGCUGAGUAG